AUGGCUCAGACCAUUCUGCCAAGUCGAUACGGCCGCGUUACGGAUCCGAUCUCCAAGUAUAAAGCCCGAGGCCGUCCACGAGAAACCUACAAUGGCGUUGACACUCAAGCGCAACGCAGACUCACUUGGACGCCCUCUUCAUCCAGUCGCUCGGCCAUGUUCUUCAAGUCUGUCGUCACCGCUACGGCGGCCCUCGCCUCCUUGGCCGUCGCCGCGCCCGUCGAAGGCAACCCUACUGCCGAUGUCAUCAAGGGGAGCUACAUCGUCAAGCUCAAGGACAACGUGGCCACCGACGCCCAUAUGUCGUGGGUGAACGGCAUUCACGCCCGCAGCACUGAAAAGGCUGAAUUCGCGGGCGUCAAGUAUCAGUACACGAGCAAGGCUUCCAUGGGUAUUCUGGCCACUUCGAUAAUGGUACCAUUGCCAAGAUCAUGUCCAGUGCUGAUGUUGCGUACGUCGAAGAGGACAUGA